UAUUUUAUAAUCCAGCACACUCAAUCUAUCAUUUUAUGACCCUGUUAUAAAGCGACAAAGUAAAACAAAUGUCAUGGACGCACAUCUCUGCGUGCCCGCACCCAUUGCUGGGUCAUCAUCCGAUUCGUGUGCUGUCGGAGUCCGCAGACGCGUGCUGGAUGUGGCGCGGUUCGGACGCAGCGAAGCGCGCUGCUCGGCUCACUCACCACUUUUAUUCUAGCGCAUUUUAGGCUCCGAAUCAAGAUAUCUGGAGUCGGAUACAGCAUUUAUUUGCAGGUGUCUUUACCUGAGAAAACAAACGUUCAACUAGUGGCUGGUGCGGAAGCAUAUUACUCGGAUUUACUUUGGAUUUGAAACCAUGGAUUUCCACAGCGACUCUAAUUAUUCCUAUGGAGGCUCUAAUUUAACAACAGGAGACGAGCCUCCUCACUGUGGAGCCAGCCUCCUGAUCAUCUUUGGUAUCAUCUUUUUCUUGGGCAUCAUAGGGAACUCCAUCGUCAUGUACACCAUUCUGAAGAAGACCAAGUGUCAUGCCAUGCAGACCGUUCCAGACAUAUUUAUCUUAAACUUGUCGAUUGUUGACCUUCUGUUUCUUCUCGGGAUGCCUUUCCUGAUCCAUCAGUUGCUGGGCAAUGGCACGUGGCACUUUGGGGCAGCCAUGUGCACGGUCAUCACCGUGCUUGACUCCAACAGUCAGAUCGUCAGUACGUACAUCCUCACUGCGAUGACCCUUGACCGGUACUUGGCCACGGUCCACCCCAUCCGUUUCAACUAUGUCCGAACGCCGUGCGUGGCAGUGCUUGUGAUUGGUCUGGUGUGGGUUCUGUCCCUGCUCACCAUCAUCCCUGUGUGGAUGUAUGCAGGCCUGAUGCCUCUCACAGACGGUCUGGUUGCCUGUGCGCUCCUCCUGCCAGAUCUAGUCAGCGAUACAUACUGGUUUACUCUCUACCAGUUUUUCUUGGCCUUUGCCAUUCCACUGGUUGUAAUCUGCCUGGUGUUCUUCAAGAUCCUGCAGCACAUGUCCACCAGCGUGGCACCGCUGCCCCCACGUAGUUUGAGGGUGCGCACCAGGAAGGUGACCCGGAUGGCUGUGACCAUCUGUCUGGCAUUCUUCAUUUGCUGGGCUCCUUACUACAUUCUCCAGCUGGUCCACCUCGGAGUCCAAAACCCCAGCCUGGCAUUCUCGUACGCCUACAACAUUGCCAUUAGCAUGGGCUACGCUAACAGCUGCAUCAAUCCGUUCCUCUAUAUCGUCCUCAGCGAGACUUUCAAAAGACAGUUCGUCAGGGCCCUGCGCCCAAUCAACAGAAAGUUUCGCGUGAACCCGAGCACCACGGACGGAGGCGUGAGCGUGAGGAUGAUACCUGAAGGAGCUCAGCGGGAGCGGGCCUCCAGGGAGAUGCUGCCAUCCGAAGAGUCCCCGGCAUGAUCCAGAACCAGAAUCAGAAUCAGAAUCAGGUUUAUUGCCAUUGUCAGUGAACAAACGAUUCACAAACUAGGAACUUGCUUCGGUACUAAUGUGCUACAUAUAACAUGAAUAAUAAGAUUAAAAAUAGAAUAAAAAAAAACUAGAAUAAAACUUUCAGCUAUAAAAAUGGCAGAUAAUGGUAACAUGGCCGAUAAUGUGACAGUGUGUCGAGUACAGAAGACCAGCAUGGUUGUGUGUUUAUAAUCUAUUCACAAGUCUAACGGCAGAUGGAAAGAAGCUGUUCUUAUGUCGGGAGGUUCUGGUCCGGAUGGACCGUAACCUCCUGCCUGAGGGAAGCGGCUCAAAAAGUCUGUGACCCGGGUGAGAAGGGUCAGCUGCUAUCCGACCUGCACGCCCCCGAGUCCUGGAGACGUACAGGUCCUGGAGGGACGGAAGGCUGCAGCCAAUCACCUUCUCAGCAGAGCGCACAAUGCGCUGCAGUCUAUGUUUGUCCCUCACCGUGGCUCCAGCGUACCACACAGCGAUGGAGGAGGUGAGGAUGGACUCAGUGAUGGCCGUGUAAAACUGCACCAUCGUCUGGACCGGCAGCUUGGCCUUUUUCAGCUGCUGCAGAAAGUACAUCCUCUGCGAGUUAAUCCUGCAACUUUUGUCUGUGCAAUCAGUGAUUCUAAGGGAGGCAUCUGCGUGAGCUUUGUUCUGUUGAAUGUAUAUUUAUCAAAAAUCAUCACGUCUCAGGGGAAAUCUGCAAAAUUAGUAACUAUUUCUCCCAAAUUCUUUCAUUUUCCACUCAUUUGCUCCUAAACUGACAAACUGAAACACUUUUGUUUUCUCCUCUCUGAAAGCUGUUUUGCAGCAGCUUGUUCUGAAAAACUCAGUCCACUCACUUCAGCUUUCAUUCUAUUGUCAAAGCUGAGGACCUUUCAGUGCAGACAGCAGCUUAUUAACGCUGAACCACCAAAUAAGUAUUUCACAUGCAUUUAGACUUGCUGCCAAGGAUUUACAUCUGUGUGUACAGUGUAUAACACAAGGAAUCCCAAAAAAAUAUGUUCUUUUGUGCUUUCAUCACUUUUGAUACACUUUCUUACAGGUUUGCCCGUUGAUGGGUUGAAACGUCUCCAACCAGAGCAGAAAACAGAGUCUUUGCUUUGCUGUGGUGGCAGAAAAUGCAAAUAAGAAGAAACUGUGAAUAUUAUUGUGCAGAUUUAGGAUUAAAGGUGCAGUGAACAGUCGUUGUUUACACAGCUGCACAGGGCCAAGGUAAUGCAUCUGCUGCACAGAUGCGUUCUGUCGGAGGAAGAGCUGUGCAUGUGAUGACCUUCUUCAUCACUCUUCAACUAAGCAAGCAGAAAAUGUUUUCAUGCUGUCUGAUGUUUCUGGGUUCCAGAAAUGUUUUUCUGUUCAGUUCUUAUUUUUAUUUAUUGUAUAUCCCGUGGUGUUGAAUUUGGUGUUAAUUAUCAGGUUGUCUAAAAAUUACGACCAGCUGAACGAUGUUUAAAGGAAGGGGAAGCCAUGUUUUCAUUGGUUGAGAUUUAGGCCCUGUCCACACGUAGCCGGGGAUCUGCCAAAACGCAGAUAUUUUUCUACGUUUUGGCCUGCCAUCCACACGAAAACGGAGUUUUUUCACACGAAAACGGAUCUUUUUAAAAACUCCGGCCAAAGUGAAGAUCUGCGUUUUCUCCGUUUUGGGUGUCUGCGUGUGGACAGACAAAACCGGAGUUUUAAGGUCCGCAACGUCACUUUCCGCGACAAAAAAAUGCUGACAUCACGUGUGCGACCUGUGUUUACACUAGCCGACAGCAUGGACGCCCUCAGAGCUGCGCUCGCUUUAUCAAUUGUCCAAGCGCUUUUUGCUUGUUUGUUUUUGCAAGAGGAAUUACUGCUCCUUGCGGAAGACCACAGACGAAGGACGAGGUUAAGAACGGGGGAAGUACUGCCGCCUACAGGUCUGGCAUGUCCUUAACAACGUAUUUAUCCGGGUACGUGUGGACAGAGUUUUUUAAACGCGGUGGUGUGGAUGCAAGUUUUUGGAGGGGCGGAUAUUCGUUUUUAAAAAAAACCCGGCUACGUGUGGACUAGGCCUCAGGCUGAACCCCCCCAUGAAUGCAAAUAUGACUAACUUUGCCACCCACUGUUAACAAAGUUGAAUAAUGGAACCUUUUAUUUUGUUUAAUAACUUUUUCUUAUUUUACCACAAGAUAAAGUGGAAAAGGGGUGUUGGUGUGUGUGUAUGUGUGAAUAAUUGAUAUGCAAAUGAAUGACAAAACAAAAAAGAAAGUAAAAAAUGAAUAGGCCCAGAUUGUUAUGAAUGCAGUGGAAGGGAAAAAUACGAAUGUAUAAAUAAUUUGAUCAUUUGAAAGAAACAUUUCAAAGACAGAUGGAAAGGGGGAGAGAAAAGAAAUAAUAAAUAAAUGAGCAAAGGCAGAUAUUCUGGAAUAGUUACAGGAGUGAUGCUAUGAAUGAGAGCAGGUUCUUCCAUCUGGUGAUGUGCGGGUUUCCAGUCAAGGAGAAAUUACUUUCUUGGCGUUAGCCGACAACUCCAACAGCUGAUUUUUAUUGAUUGUGUUGAGUUGAAGCGUGGACGUGUCACCAGUGAGACAGAAUUGGAUACAUUGGAACGUGGUAGUGAAAUAAUGUAGAGAGCAACCGAGUGAUUGUAAUGCUUUUAAAUGUUUUUGUGGACAGACUGGUUAAAUCAAGAUAUCACCUUUAAAAAGGCUAAAAAGCUAUUUUCCCAGAUGGGACUCAGAAUAAAUACCAUAUUAAUGAGGAAUUAUUUCAACCAACCUUUUCAUGAAAAGCUGGAAUAUCUCUGGUAUACACAUGAUCACCAGUGUGCAUGUGAAUAUUUGCACCAAGAAUGCAGUAAUCGUCAUCCAAACAGGAAACGUGUGUCACUACAGACUGAAGCUAAAUUGUAAGAACACAUAAUUUAUGUUUUCAACUGCCAAAAUGUUGUAACUUCACGUUGUCACUACCCCUGUUUAUUAUAUUUAUGGAGUGAUAACUAUGUGAACUUGUGGAUGUCAACCAGUGGAAAUAAAACGGUCAACAGAUGAACAUCACGCUACAGUUGUUAUUUUGUUUAGUUUCUCUGCAAUCAAAGCUCUCCAAGUGCCAUUAACACAUUUUUAUUUGGUUUUCCAGUGUGCAGUAAAAGCUUUGGAUGGAUGUACUUCACUUUGAAAUGUGAAAAUGCCCGUAAAAGUCUGGCUGUGAAGUUCUGAGAUGCUUAAACGUUAUUGUCAUUUUGUCAAAGGCCCAACUCGGAAACAAUUAACAGACCGUGUUUGGGGCUGCUGUUGAGGCUCAGCUAACCUUCAGCUCUACAGGCCCGUUCAAGGUGGAACACAUUUUUGUUUUAGUCUGUCAACGCACCUGCCACGAUGUGGAACUGUAGUUAGGACCCAAAUGCAGGUGAUAACAGGCACAGGUAAAAAAAAACAGUAAUAUUGAAUCAUUAAAAGACAACACCAACAAUAAAACAAAUAAAACACAAAUAUCGAUGAUAAAAACAGAGGAAUUCGGCUGGAUCAGGGAAAAAAGCAGGUAAAAAGAUGGGUCUCUAAAAGAGAGCUGCAACCAUUCCAACAGUUAAAGGGAGAUUUUUUCAGCUGAAAAACCUCUGGUUCUCCUGGUCACCAGACCGGUCCUGGGAACGUCUAACGGCUGCUGGGAUUCAGACAUCAAACCUUUCCUGGAGA